AUGACUGGCAAAACUGCACCGGCAGCCAAAAAACCAGCACCGGCCGCGGCCAAGAAAAAGGCAGCGCCAGCCCCCAAGGAAGGAGCAGCCCCGAAGGAAGAAGUGGCCCCAAAGGAAGAAGCAGCCCCAGCCCCAGCAGCAGCUACUGAAGAGCCCCCAGCCCCCGAGCAUCCCCCGGAGCAGCCCCCAGCUCCCACAGAUGAAUCUGCUCCCAUCCCCACGGAAGCUGGAGCAGAAGCAACUCCAGCGCCUGCAGAAGAUUCCACAGCUGCCCCAGCUGAACCCCCAGCCCCUGAACCUGAAGUGGAGAAACCAAAGGAAGAGCCACCCAGCUGCCCCUUGUCCUUGGCUGUGGAAGAAGUGAGUGAAAACUCAUUCACGCUGACCUGGAAAGCCCCGGAGCAGAUGGGCCGGGCAGGCCUGGAUGGAUAUGUGGUGGAGAUCUGCAAAGAUGGAAGUUCAGACUGGAAAGCUGUGAACCAGGAGCCUUUUCUUUCCACCCGCUGCACAGUCCCAGACCUCAGUUCUGGGGACAAGAUCCACGUGCGGGUGGUGGCCGUCAGUGCCAGCGGGACCAGCGCCCCGGCCACGCUGGAGCAGCCCGUGCUCAUCAGGGAGAUCCUCCAGCUCCCGAAGAUCCGCAUGCCUCGGCACCUGCGGGAGACUUACAUCAGGCGUGUGGGGGAUGCUGUGAACAUCAUGAUCCCCUUUCAGGGAAAGCCGCAGCCCGAGGUGAGCUGGAGCAAGGGAGGGCAGCCCCUGGACAGCAGCCACAUCAACAUCCGCACCACGGCCCGGGACACCAUCUUCUACAUCCGCCAGGCCCAGCGCACCGACUCGGGCAAGUACGAGCUCACCGUGCACAUCAACGGCGCCGAGGACAAGGCUACCCUGGACAUCCAGGUGGUUGAGCCACCCGGCCCUCCCCAGAACCUGAAGCUGGUGGAUGUGUGGGGCUUUAAUGUGGCACUGGAGUGGACCCCCCCUGCGGACAAUGGGAAUGCUGAGAUCAAGGGCUACAGGGUGCAGAAGUCAGACAAGAAGAGUGGGAAAUGGUUCACGGUGCUGGAGCGCUGCACCCGCACCAGCUGCACCAUCUCCGACCUCAUCAUUGGCAACACCUACUCCUUCCGAGUGUUCUCCGAGAACAUCUGUGGGCUCAGCGACAGCGCUGCUGUGGCCUCUGGAGUGGCCCACAUCGAGAAGACAAAAACCACUUACCAGCCAGAGAAGAUCCCCCAGCGGGACAUGAUGGAGCCUCCAAAGUUCACGCAGCCCCUGACAGACCGAACGACCACACGGGGCUACAGCACCCACCUCUUCUGCUCCGUGCGGGGCUUCCCCCAGCCCAAAAUCAUCUGGUUGAAAAAUCAGAUGGAGAUCCGGGAAGAUCCCAAAUACAUAGCACUGAUUGAUCAGGGUGUGUGCUCCCUGGAAAUCCGCAAGCCUGGCCCUUUUGAUGGGGGCGUCUACACCUGCAAGGCUGUGAACCCCCUGGGGGAAGCCUCAGUAGACUGCAAACUGGAUGUGAAAGUGCCAAAGUGAGGACAGAUUGGAG